UUGAACGAGUCGACAUCGACAUCAAAAUUAAAAAAAAUCUAAAACGUUGUCCGGGAGCUGAUUGUGAUUUUAUGAUUUAAUUCAUAUCAGCUUUAAAGUUAGUUUAAACUCAAUAAACAAGUUAAAUUAUGACAAAUUAUAUAAAACCUAUCGUUUUCUGCGAGGGUUGUUUGUCGACGGAUAGAAAACUAACAGAUGUCGGAGAAUUUUAUGAUAUUUACGUUAAUCUUUUUAUUUAUGAAGCUUCCGGCAAGAUAUCAAAAAACCCUCUAUUCUGCUGGGAAUGUAAUGCUGUAUUACGAACAAUACACAAAUUUCGAGAGAGAUUUCAACAGGCAAAUAGUUACUUAAAUGAAGGCUUGAAUAAGUUUAAAAGAGUAAAAAUCUGCUUAUCAACAUUAACUACCUCAAACAUAUCAAAUAAUAUCAUAUAUGCUGCACAUAAUGAAGAAAAUGACAAUAAUUUUAAAGAAGAAGAUAUUGUAGCUGAUGAUAAUUUUGAUAAUGUAUCAACAGUAGACGAACCGUUAAUCGUACCAAUUGAAUACAAAACAGAGAAAAGUGACAAUUCCGACUUUGAAAAUGAAUUUUCUAUCGAACAAAAUUAUAUGAAUAUAGAGAACAUAGACAAAGACAAUAUAGACAAUGACAAAAAAUUGCGUUUGGAAGAGCAGGACAUAGAUAAUAUAGAUGAUGACAAAAAAUUGCUUUUAGAAAAACAGGACAUAGAAAAAACGAAACGAAAACGUCAAAAAUCAUAUAAUAAUGUGCGAUACACUGUGAAGGAAUAUAGUAAAGAGGAAAUAAGAGAAAUGCGUAAAAAAUGCGAGAGAGUUAUAAUGGAUGACGCUGAGAUGGCGUUAUGGCGGGAAAAAGCGAAAUUGGCGCGUAAUUACAGAAUAAUGGCGUAUAAAUGUGAAACUUGUAUAUCUGGGUUUGCUAAGAAACAAUAUUAUGAUAAGCAUGUUAGGAGAUUCCAUUCUAAGGGUAGUGGCGAUUUCGAGUGUUCGAUUUGCAAGCAGAGAAUAUCGAGUGUAAGAAAAGUGUCGCACAUGAACAUGCAUACAACCAAAUACAAAUGCUGUGUGUGUGGCGUGGAAUGUCAUCCGUCAUAUAAUUUGGAUUGUCACUUGAAUUCAAUGCACAGAACUGUGGUGCAAUGUAAGAAGUGUCAUUUGCAGUUUAACCAUCGCAAAGAAUGCAAUAGGCAUUAUAUUAACACGCAUUUGCGUGUCAUAUGUGAUUAUUGCGGCAACGGUUUCACGACGAAGAGAAGACUCAUUAAUCAUAUUGGAUUACGUCACCAAGAGCACAGAUGCAAGAUAUGCGACAAAUUGUACCGUUCACGGGACGCACUGAAAAGGCACAAUUUGGCGGUUCAUGUCAAAUCGAUCUCGGAGGAAACUUAUUGCGUGGAAUGCAAUCUCUAUUUUAAUAAUGAAUUUUUGUUGAAAAAUCACUUGGCGAAGAGCACGAAGCAUGUGCAAAAGAGAUUCCCAUGUACAGAGUGUGAUAAAGUGUAUCAUAAGAGGACAACAUUGAAUAAUCAUUAUAAUUUAGUACAUCUGCAGAAGACUAAAAACUACUGUGAACUAUGUGACCGAUAUUUCCUAACAGGAUAUCGCCUCAGACAACACAAGGCGAACACGCACGAUCGUUUGCCAAAGCCAAAGACGAAAAUGUGUUCCAUAUGUGGAAGAGCUUUUAAUACAAAUCGCAUUCUACUGAAUCACAUCAGGACACAUACGGGUGAACGGCCUUUCCACUGCGAAUUCUGUACGGCGUCCUUUAUACAGAAGCACGCGCUGGUCUCUCAUACUAGGGCGAUUCAUAAAGUGCAUUAAAUUAAUGAAUAAUUA